UAACUCCAGCAGGUUCACAGAGGCGUCAUCAUGAGGCUGCUGAGGUUCCUGAGGAGCAGUGUGUCCAUUGGGAAGGACAUCGACUUUUAUUCCAGGUUCUCUCCUUCCCCGCUUUCAAUGAAGCAGUUUCUGGAUUUUGGUAAGAGCUGCACAGGCUCAGAAAACGCGUGUGAGAAAACCUCCUUCGCCUUUCUCAGACAGGAGCUUCCUGUGAGGCUGGCCAACAUCAUGAAGGAGAUCAACUUGUUGCCAGACAACCUGCUGAGGACUCCAUCUGUGGGACUAGUCCAGAGCUGGUACAUGCAGAGCUUUCAGGAUAUUCUGGAGUUCAAAGAUAAAAAUGCAGACGACGAGAAAGUCACCUAUGACUUCACAGAUGCUGUGAUAAGAAUUAGAAACCGCCACAAUGAUGUGAUCCCCACCAUGGCUCAGGGGGUCGUGGAGUACAAGGAGACCUACGGCACAGACCCGGUGGUCAGCCAGAACCUUCAGUAUUUCCUGGAUCGUUUCUACAUGAGCAGGAUCUCCAUCAGGAUGCUGCUCAACCAGCACACUCUCCUGUUCGGUGGGAAGGUCAAGGUGAAUCCUGCACACCCCAAACAGAUCGGCAGCAUCGAUCCUCACUGUCGUGUCAGUGAGGUUAUCAGAGAUGCCUUUGAAAAUGCGAGACACCUUUGUGACCGGUACUACAUGAACUCGCCUGAGCUGGUGUUGGAAGAAUUUAAUGCCAAAGAUGAAGACAAACCCGUCACUGUGGUUUAUGUUCCAUCUCAUCUGUACCACAUGGUGUUUGAACUGUUUAAGAACGCCAUGCGGGCUACCAUGGAGUUAUAUGGAGAUUCGAUGGAGUACCCUCCAAUUCACACACAGGUUGCUCUGGGAUCCGAGGAUCUCACUGUCAAGGUGAGUGACCGUGGCGGUGGUGUGCCUCUCCGUAAGAUAGACCGACUGUUCACCUACACGUACUCCACUGCUCCACGGCCCAGUAUCGACGGCUCCCGAGCAGCUCCUCUGGCUGGUUACGGCUACGGCCUGCCAAUCUCUCGACUCUACGCCCGCUACUUUCAGGGAGACCUGAAGCUCUACUCUCUGGAGGGAUAUGGGACCGAUGCAGUGAUCUACAUACGGGCGCUCUCCACAGAGUCAAUCGAGCGGCUUCCUGUGUACAACAAGUCGGCCUGGAAGCACUACAAGACGAUCCACGAGGCUGAUGAUUGGUGCGUCCCUAGCAAGGAGCCCAAGGACAUGACAACGUUUCGUAGUUUCUGAUCCUAAAAAGUGAAUGAAUUUGCAGAAAAGCUCGUGUUAACGACCGUGUGAGGGUGUGUUUAAAGAUGAAAGUAGGAUAAUGGGAGAUGUUUUGUGCCAUAUGUUUUAAGUCUCAUAGGGAAGCUACCAAUUGUAUUGACUUGGAUGGGGUUGGAGGUCAUUUCUUGGCUCUCUCUGUAUUGAGCGUCACAUUUAGUAUUUUAUCCUGGUGGGAAUAAAUAUAGUCGCUUAUAGUUUAACUCUGAAAUGGCUUCAUUAGUUUUGAGUUUAUUAAGUUUGUAGUUUUUCAUUGCUUUUUGAAAUGUGAGUAGCAUUUGUUACAUAAGACAAAAAAAAAAAGAAAUAUUGAUGUAAACUGUUUUUUGGGUUGUUUGGCGAUUUAUUUUAAGUUUAAGCCUUUUUCUCUGAGUUUAUUAAGCAAACCUGCGGCUGUUUCCUUUGUUACAACAAAAACUGCCAUCUGAAAGCUGUUAUAAGUUUAAGCAAACAUUUCUGGAGGACUAAUUGGCGUCCUUUGAGAUGUUCUGUUGUUUCAGCCAAGAUUUAGCACCUUAAAUGAGAUCAUGUGCGCAUCCUGUCAUGUAUAACUUAAUAUGAUGCAGCAGAGUGCUGUGUUUGUAUUAGAUUUAGGUCACUGUUGACAUGUUGCACUAUAAGCACUUAUCUUUAGGGUUUAAUGGAUUUAUUUGUAUAAAAUGCUCUAUGCAAACAGAGUAGAUGGAGGCAGAUACUGAUGUAAACAAAGCUUUAGGUUUUUGUUUUAACAGGCAGAAACACUCCACUUUCUUGGAUUGUUUAGGGCAUUAAGGUCAAGCGUCUCUGGAAGCUUCCCAGAAUGUUCUAUAUUUAUGAUGCAAUGUUGGGGCAAAAGCUUGAAUAAAUUAUUUUCAAAUGAUUGUU